AUGAGAUUCAAUUUUGCCUCAUUAACAUUAGCCUUUGCUGCUAUUACCUCGGUUUUUGCCGAAGCAAUCACUCCAAGUCCCAUUUCCUUAGCUCCAAGAGAAGAAGAAGCAGUCAGAAAUGCUAUUGCUAGUUUAGAUCAUUAUACCUUAUAUCUCAAGAGAGAUGAAAUGGAUCCUGCCGAAUUAGCCAAGAGAGAAAAUGCAAUUGUCACCGAAGUUUUGACUGCAGUUAAUAAUACUCAAUUAGCCCCAGGGGUUCUUCUUUAUUUUAUCAAAGAUCCAACAUUGAGUAAGAUUGCCAUCAACGUAAUUGUGUAUUCCAUUAAGAAUGACCUCAUAAACUUCAACACGUUAUUGAAGGCGUUGAAUGAUUCUGGUUUAGCUGUUGAUGUUAUUCAGAGUGUUAUCAGUAACUGUCAAUUCUAUCGAGAAAUUUAUAAGUUAGUGUUGGAAGAACUUGCCAACUUACCUUCUAUCAUUGCGGGCAUGUUACAUCUUUCUUCUACAAAGGUUUCAACUGCCAUGGCCAAGAGAGAAAUAAUGGUUCCAAGUGCACCGGUUCCAAUUUAUACCAGAGAUACUCAAGAUCUUGUUACUUCAUUAAUGGAAUCCUUGAAGAAUUCAGGAUUAGCAAACCAAGUUGUUAAUGCCUUGAUUGUUGAAGAUCAAUUCUAUACAUUUGGUGCCGACUUGAUCCAGCAAUUGAUACAAGAAGAUGCUCUUGAUUAUAAAGUAUUGCUUCAAGCCCUUUUACAAUCAGGAUUGAUUGAAAGUAUCUUCAAGGAAUUCUUAAAAAUUGAUACUUUAAAAACAAUUAUGGUUAAUGCUUUGGCUGCCGCAUUCAACAAGUGUCAAUCGACUCCAAAUACUAGCGCGGUAUCAACUACAAGCGGAACAGCAACGCCAGCAAUUACCACAGGGGGGGCGACAGAUCCUACUCCAACCCCAACGACUAUUACCACAGGUGGAGGAUCAAAACCGCCAACCACUACGACUCUUGCUGGAGGAGCAGUGGUUAUUUGUAAUUGGGUCAAAAAGACAUAA